GAGGAACACGGAAAGAUGACAUUGUCCAAUCCUAAGGCCCGUUUCAAAAGGAGAAUGCCUCUUUCAGAUCAGGAAGUAACAGCAGAAGCAGUUUCCAGUCCUUCCUCGUCCUCCUCUGCUGCUGGUAGGCACGUCUCUUCUGCAGCUCCCUUGCCCGCCACUUCCUCGUUGCCCCCGGGAACUCCUCUGAGGAGAAUCUGGGAGCUUUGGCAGGCUUUGGACUGCAACUUCGGGGCUUCCUUCGUUAGGCGCUUGUUGCAAAAUCAGUCUGGUUUGCCCAGCCCCUGCCCAGCAUUGGUUUGUGGUCCUAGCACGCGUGCUGAGGAAGGCAGUUCUUUAUCUGAAAUUGAACUGCCAGGCGAAGAGGAAGCAACAGAAAGAACGACAGGAGAAGCAGCAGGAGCAACAAGCUCAGACAAUAUGAGCGCGGUGACUGAGACUCCAAGCCCGGCUGCUCCAAUCUCGGAGUCUGCGGGGCUCGGGUUCGCAGAGGCAGCAAUUGAAUGCCAGCUUCAGGAGGUGAGGAGCCAGGUAACAAUCCGGGUAGCUAUCCAAGAGGCCGAGGACGAAUAUCUCGAUGAAGAUUCCAUGUCAAACCACCUGGACCUUCAAGGGGGUAGCUGUAGUGAAGAUGACCUGGGAAAACACGACAAAUCUAGCGGUGCAGGGACAAGCGGUGGGGAGCUCGAAGAGGACAGCUGGCAGCCCCCUGACCCCGAGCUCACCUGGAAGCUCAUCAACCAGAUCGAGUACUACCUGUCUGAUGAGAACCUGGAGCGCGAUGCUUUCCUUCUCAAACACGUCCGCCGCAAUAAGCUGGGCUUCGUCAGCGUCAAGCUUCUCACCUCCUUCAAGAAGGUGAAGCACCUGACACGAGACUGGCGGACAACAGCCUAUGCCUUGCGCCACUCCCAACUUCUGGAGCUGAACGAGGAGGGGCGGAAAGUACGGCGCAAGGCAGCGGUGCCUGUGUUCGCCAGUGAGAAUCUACCAAGCCGCAUGCUGCUGGUGAGCGAGCUGCACCUGUGGCCUGAGCUGGCUGGAACUGCCGGGGGGCAGGACAGUGCCGGGGGGGCCGAGCAGCAGGAGAAGCUGAUGGAGCACCUGCUCAAAGUGUUUGGCGCAUACGGGGUCAUCGCCUCUGUCCGUGUCCUCAAACCUGGCAAGGAGCUUCCAGCAGACCUCAAGAAGUUCAGUGGCCGUUACACCCAGCUGGGCACCUGUGAGUGCGCCAUCGUGGAAUUUGAAGAGGUGGAGGCUGCGAUUAAUGCUCACAAGGUUCUGGGAGGCAGCAAUGUGGUGGUUGGAACAGGGGAAGAGCAGCAGCAGCAAGAGGAGGAGGAGGCGGCAGCCUCUGUUGGGGCCAUUGUAGGGGCUAAGGUGAUCCUGAUCGGUACCAAACCCCCGAAGAAAAAGGUCCAAAAGGACAAGCAGCAGGACGAUGGCUCUAGAAAGAAUCGCUCUGUCAACAGCAGGGUCCGAGAGUUGCAGUAUAUCGGAGACGACGCCUGCAGCUCCUCCGAGACAGAGAGCAACCCCACCUCACCAAGGCUGGCCCGCAAGGCCCGGCCGAACAAGCUGAGCCCUCCCGGAGGGGGCUACCACCAGAACCACCUAAGCCCUAGCGUCUCCCCUCGAUCCAGCCCAUGGAACAGCCCCAGAACCAGCCCCUUGGUGCAGCGCAAGUCCCCUCACAGCCACAAAUUUCCCCUGGCCAGUGUGGGAAGACUGAGCCCAGAGCCAGGUCAACGCAAGUGGGCUGACUACUCUUCGGACAGCAGCCUGACCCCCUCUGGGAGCCCCUGGGUGCAGCGGCGCAGGCAGGUGACAUCUCGGGAGAGCAGCCCUGUCGGGAGCCCCAUGCUAGGCCGCAAGAUCCAGAACGCAGACGGGUUGCCACCAGGGGUAGUCAGACUGCCAAGAGGACCAGAUGGAACCAGGGGCUUCCACAACAACUCCUUGGGGGACAGGGGCAAAUGCACCCUUCUUGAGUAACAUUGAAACAAUUCCUCCUCCACCCCUCGUUUUGAGUUGAGAGCAGUAGGAAAAAACAUUUCACAGCCUGGUGACUUAAAGGGAAGGAAAUGGACAGACUAAAUUUAAAGAACAAGACUGAAUUGUUCUAGUGGCUAUUUUAUUUUUGUAUUUUUUGUUUUGAAGACUUUCUAUUUUUGUGUUUCUCAAAAGCCAUAGUCUUAAGUUGGUGGUUCUUAAUUUGUAUAUUUGUACUGACAGUUUAUAAGCUGCAUUGCUUUUCUUUUUUUAUGUGCGUGUUAGCUUUGUGUUUUGUAUAAGUUUGUCGGAGCAGAAGUGGUAUAUUGGUGAAAAUGAUAGUGGAAAUGAUGAGGUAUGGUAGCUUUUCUAAAAGUGGCAUCCAUGAAUGAGUAAAAGGGAGAAAUAUAGAUAUAGUCUGACCUGAUAAAAUGGCAUUUCGAAUUAAGUAGGUAGAUUUUGUUUAGUGACAGCUUCACUAAUAAGUUUUAUUAAAGGGGACUGAAUUAGGUAAGAAGCUGUAAACCUGAAUGUGUCACUCAAAACCUGAAUGCAUUGGUCAUUGUGGAACAGAAGUGGAUUUAGUACAAGGUUGACACCGAUCAAUCUUAUAAAGAUAACUGAAAUAUAAAGAUGUACUGGAGUUGCACAAAUUCCAUAAUCCUAAAACAAUAGUUCUAUACCCUGUAUUGAUAACUAGACAACUUUUAUAUUGUGCUUAACUGCAUAGGAAUCGGUUAGUUGUCAGCCUUUUUAAAGUUAUUUGUGUUUUGUAUAUCUAUUUUAAGGGACAAAAUAAAAUGCACUGUUUCCAGUUGGUGCAGUAAGCUGUUGACCAUUUUGUAUCCUUAGCAAAGAUUAUGGCUUUAGGUUUCCUUGGCAACAUAUGAGACAUCAAAUCAACUGUGAUGUCUGUUUGCUUUUCCAGAGUAUGAAUGUCAGGUGCUGCUGCCCUUCUGCACCUCAUUCACAGUGUAGUCUGGUUCAGCCAUGGAUCAAAGGAACAGAAAUAACUAUUGGAAGUGUCACUUUUAGUAAAUAAAACAUAUCUCAUUUCUUUCUCUUUUUACAUGUCAAAGAGACUGUGUAUAUAAACGUAAAUUUAAUAUAUUAAACUUGUUAGACAUUUUUUCCUGCCAGGUAUAUGGAAUGUGUUUAGGAGGACUCGGUCAUCCCUGUGUGGUAAUCUGUUGGUUCGAAGCACGGGGCCCUUGGUUUCCUCUGUUUUUCUGUCACCCCUGAUCGAGUGGAGGGGUCACUUCCUGUCCUAUGAGAACCAUUCUGGGAAUGGACUCGAAGUGGACACUGUGACACACCUGAAAUGAAGCCAUGCUUCCUGUUGAAUCAUUCAAAGCUGUUCUGUACAAAAAGGGAUUAAAAAAAAAUGUAUAUAAUGUACUUCCUCUUGUACAAAUAAAGCACUGAAAUGUC